GGGAAUGGGUCUGCUGAGGGCGACGUAGCGCUGCGGCCUGGCGGAAUCCCCAGCCGCGUGUCUCCUCCCGCCCCCCACUCCGGGGCUGGGGACCGAGCGGGAUACAGACCCCGCCCCUUCCCUACCGCACGAGCUCCGCGGGGAGAGGGGCGGGAGCGAGUCUGGCUCGCGCGGGGCAGGAUCAUGGGGACCCGCGCGCGGCGGUUUUUUCCCAUCCGCGGUGGAGGAGGGGCCGUGAUUCCCCAACGGGCAUCUCCAGCCCUCGGCUGCUCCUCGCGCAGGCCCGUGCUUGUCCACGCGGAUCAAAUGAAAGUUCCAUCUUGUCCAAUACCGUGUCUGAGAGUGGACAGUAUCAGGUGCUUUGGAGAAAGGUGCAAGGAACUAGAAAGUCAGUCUCACACAAUUUUGCUUGUUCAGCCUACCAAGAGGCCAGAAGGGAGAACAUAUGCUGACUAUGAAUCGGUGAAUGAGUGCAUGGAAGGAGUUUGUAAAAUGUAUGAAGAACAUCUGAAGAGAAUGAAUCCCAACAGCCCAUCCAUUACAUAUGACAUCAGCCAGUUGUUUGAUUUUAUUGAUGACCUGGCAGACCUCAGCUGUCUUGUUUACCGUGCUGACACUCAGACAUACCAACCCUACAAUAAAGACUGGAUAAAGGAGAAGAUCUACGUCCUCCUCCGCAGGCAGGCUCAGCAAGCAAGCAAAUAAUGGGGCAGCCUCAUUAUGGGGUUUGGGGAGGGCUUGGACAACAGGUGUGUACAGUAGUAGAAGUUUUGUAUUAUAGUCAUCCUGCUGUCAUCUUGUUAAACUCUAGUCAGGACUGAAUGUAUUGUUAGCGACACAAGGAUUUUGUUCAGUUUGAAACCCUUUUUUUUAGUGUAAAUGAAGAAGAAAAUGUAACAUCUUUGGGAGGGAUUUAACUUUGUUUCUCUCUGGUUGGCUAACAAUCCUACUUUUGUUCAACCCCCUAGGGCUGUUCAUAUGCUUUGCUAGAUUCACUGUAUGUGCCCUUCUGCGGGAUAUCCAACUAUUAGUUAUGUCACUGAGACAAAAGACAUAGUGGAAAAUAAAAUGAAUACUCUUUAGUUAAA